CUACCCGAAAGUGGGAGAGCCACAGCACCAUGAUGAUGUCGAAGCAGCACCAUCAGCUGAAAGACAUUGCCGUACCACACGACCAUGACGUACUGUCAGGGAGAGGCAAUUUCGUUAAUUAUCACGCCGGCAACGAGUUUUUCCGUGCGCUUGUCCGAAAACAUAAGGUUGCAUACGUUGCGUGUCCCAAGCCUCAAAAGGGCAAGUUUUCUCGCAUGAUUCUGGACGAAAUUAGGUGCCUUAAUCCCCCGGGACGAUUCCUGAAGCAGGACUCUGUUUCAAAAAUGUGGUACGAUAUUGGGGAAAAGAAAGCUCUAGAUAAAACGAGACAAGCCUUGAGAGAAGGAGCACCGGAAAUCAUGAAGGAGAUUGGGGACGACGAGAGCAGCGAAAACCCUGCCUCGUCCCCCCUUUCUCGUGAAACCACGCCAAAGGUGUCUAUGUCACACGAUCAGGCACCACCUCCUCCGCCCCCGAUGUACAACAGCACGCCUCCUAUGAACAACCGAUCAUCCCGCUUCGGAAAUGGAUACGAACACUACACUCCAGCUGCCGCGCCUGCGUUGUCUGCACCUACAGGGCUUUCCCACUGCCCUACAGAAGGCACCCGUUCAACUGCGAUGAGGCAUCCGGGCCAAAUGAUGCUUCAUCAACAAAUGCAACACUACCAGCAAAGCAAUAUGAGAAACAAUCUAUUUUCGACGCAAACCAUGGCAGGACAGCAGGGCAAUCCUCAACAUACCGUAUCUAGACCCUUGCCACAUAACCAUAUGCCAACCGAAGGUUUUCAUCAGCAAGAACAAGAACAAAGCCACAGAAAUCAUCAUCUUCAUAUCAACACUGUACGACAAGUUACUGAAUGCGGGCCGAAUCUACAGGGACGCAUGGGAGAUAGUAGUAUUCAUUGCCAUGAGUAUUUAGCUAACGGGAGAGAAACUUUUGACAGCAAAAUUUCGUUUGAUGAUUUCCUGGAGCCUCGGCCUAUUUUUUCUGGUCAUGUCCAACAGCGGCAGCAACAUCAACAGGACCAAAUACAGCUGAACGAGUUUCAGCAGCGACAAGAAGAGCAGCAUAUUCAGCCACCACAACUUCCAUUACGACCGCAUCCGUUAAAAGAGAUUUAUUCGAAGCUUUACGAGGAAUUACCAGAAAGCCUAGGUCCUUUGCCCAACUGCAAAAGGCAAGUGCGAAAAGGUCUCGAACGAGACAAUAGUGAAAAGAGUAUACAAGUUGACAGUAUUUUUCAGGAGAUGAAGCACUCCGAAUCUGCCGGACAAGUAAAUGGCGGAGCUUCGGCCCAAAAUUUAUCUAUUAUGAGCUUGUCUAUUGGUGAUAUGAAUGUAACUUCAGAGCCAACAAAUGCAGAUAGUUUGGCGGCUAUGCUGAAUAGCUCACUGCGCGUGGGAUCUCGGAAAACAGGUCGUCAAAGUGGUAGCGUUGGUGAAGCGAACAACUCUGACCUGGCACAUGUGAUGGACAUGAGCGUGGCCACACUCGGUGACCGUCUUUCGGACUUUGGAGAUACGAGUUUACCGCGGAUGUCGGAGUCACAAUCAAACAUGUCUUUCGUAAACGUUUUUGAAGAAACCGAAAAGGAUCUGUUUGCUGGAAGGUAGUUGCUAUCGGGAUCCAGGUUUACGAUUGUGGCACUGUCCGGUCAAUCGGAAUUUUCACAAACAUUAUCGCAUUAGUGGGGUGUAAUUAAUCGUGACUUUUUGCCUAC